AUGCAUAUCCGGGAGAUGCUCGCCGACGCAGAGAAGUCUGGCAAACCCUCCUUCUCCUUCGAAUACUUCCCCCCGAAGACCGCCCAGGGUGUUCAGAACCUCUACGAGCGCAUGGACCGCAUGUACAACUUCGGCCCCAAGUUCAUCGACAUCACCUGGGGUGCCGGCGGCCGCAUUGCCGAGCUCACCUGCGAGAUGGUGCUCCAGGCCCAGGCCGUCUAUGGCCUCGAGACCUGCAUGCACUUGACCUGCACCGACAUGGGCGUCGAGAGGGUCAACGAAGCCCUCCUCAAGGCGUACAAGGCUGGCUGCACAAACAUCCUGGCCCUGCGUGGCGAUCCCCCUCGAGACCAGGAGACAUGGACCGCGGCCGAGGGCGGCUUCCAGUACGCUCGCGAUCUUGUCAAGCACAUCCGCAAGACGUACGGCACCCACUUCGAUAUUGGUGUUGCCGGCUAUCCCGAGGGCGCCGACGACAACAAGGACGAGGAGCAGCUCCUCGAUCACCUCAAGGAAAAGGUCGAUAUGGGAGCCACCUUCAUCGUCACCCAGAUGUUCUACGACGCCGACAACUUUGUUCGCUGGGUCCGCAAGGUCCGUGAGCGCGGCAUCACCAUCCCCAUCCUCCCCGGCAUCAUGCCCAUUGCAACCUACGCCAGCUUCCUCCGCCGCGCCAAGCACAUGCAGUGCAAGGUUCCCCAACAGUGGAUGGACGCCCUCGAGCCCGUCAAGAACGACGAUGUUGCUGUUCGAGAGGUUGCCAAGACCCUCGUCGCCGACAUGUGCCGCAAGCUCCUCGCCAACGGCAUCUUCCAUCUCCACUUCUACACCAUGAACCUCGCCCAGGCCACCCGCAUGGUCCUCGAGGAGCUCGAGUGGGCCCCCAGUGCUGAGCGGCCACUCCAGCAGGCCCUCCCCUGGAAGCAGUCCAAGGGUCUUGGCCGUCGUGAGGAGGACGUUCGACCCGUCUUCUGGCGAAACCGCAACAAGUCAUACGUCAUUCGUACCCAGGAUUGGGAUGAAUUCCCCAACGGCCGAUGGGGUGACUCGCGGUCUCCUGCCUUUGGUGAGCUCGAUGCCUAUGGCAUUGGUCUGACCGGCACCAACGAGGCCAACCGCAAGAAGUGGGGAGAGCCCACGACCAUCCAGGACAUUGCCAACCUCUUUGUUCGCUACCUUCACAACGAGAUCGACUCUCUUCCUUGGAGUGAGGCGCCUCUCACCAGUGAGGCCGACGACAUCCGGGAAAGCCUCAUUGCCCUCAACAAGCGUGGCCUCCUCACUGUCAACUCACAGCCCGCUGUUGACGGUGCCAAGUCAUCGCACCCUGUCCACGGCUGGGGCCCCUCCAACGGUUAUGUCUACCAGAAGUCGUACCUGGAGCUUCUCGUUCACCCCGAUGUCUUCAACGAAAUGAUCGGCCGCAUCGAGAACCACCCCGAUCUCACCUACUACGCCGUCACCAAGGAUGGUGAGCUCCGAUCCAACGCCCCCAGCGAUGGCCCCAACGCUGUCACAUGGGGUGUGUUCCCCGGCAAGGAGAUUGUCCAGCCGACCAUUGUCGAGAGCAUAAGCUUCCUCGCCUGGAAGGAUGAGGCCUUCCGCCUGGGCGUCGACUGGGGCCACUGCUACGAUGCCAACUCUCCCAGCCGAGCUUUGAUCGACCAGGUCAUGAAUGAGUGGUACCUGGUCAACAUUGUGAACAACGACUUCCAUGAUAACGCAACUAUCUUCGAUCUCCUCAAGAACCUCGAGGUCAAGGACCUAACCACUCCAGCCUCUCCUAAGGCCGCCACCAACGGUGCCGCGGCCGCGAACUAA